AAAAUGACAGUUGAGAGUGUUGGAGAACACUAGAUAGAGAAGAAUGGGAAGAUAACAAAGCAGAACUGGCUUGAAAACCAAGGACAAGGGAGCUGACCCCCACAACACUAAAGCUGUAUACUACUUAUCUGGGGGAUUACAUUUCAUUUUUUAUUGUUUAAGAUGUUGGAGAUUUUAGACGUCAAAACUUUGCUAUUAAUUCUGUCAUUGCUGACAAACACCAAGAGCACAAAGUUGUUGUCUGAACAGAAAAAAUGUGGAGAUCCAGAAUGUGAAACUUCAAUGAGCAGAGUGCAAGCUAUUAAAGACCACGUAGGCCCUGACUGCCGCUAUCUGAACUUCACAACUGGGGAAGAGAUAAUGGUAUACUUCAAACUUUCAAGAAAAAGGGAAGAUUUGUGGGCAGGAAGUAAAGGACAAGAUUUUGGCUAUUUCCCAGUGGAUGCUGUCCAGAUUGAAGAAGUUUUUAUUAAAGAAGAAGUAGAAGUAGAAGUGCCAACGAAGGAAACUGAUUUCGUUUGUCUUGAUGGUGGGGAAUAUAUUUUUGAAAAUGAAGACAGCAUAUUGAAUCACAACAAUGAUGAAAAUGUAUAUAUACCUCUUUAUACAGAUGAAAAAGACUCUGAAUUACACAUGACUGAAUAUGAAGCCCCAAAACAUAUAGGUAUUGCCUCCCCAAAGGAAUUUAAAAAGCCAUUUCCUGACAGCGAUGAGUUUGACAGCAAAUCCAAAGAUCUGCAUAUUCUGGAAAACACAAAUCAUGAUGAUUCAGAACUUGGAUGCAGCAAGACUGAGCAAGAUGAGACUAUUCAACAAGAAGACCAAAGGAGUAAAAUUCUGAAAUCAGACUCAACACUGUCAACAUGGACAGUUUCUGAUUUCACGGGCUGGUUUAGUUGGAGAAGCAAACAAAACAAAGAGGCUACAGGAGAAAUCCCAGGGGCUAUGAAACAAAUUCCAUUCAGACACAGAAAAAUAGCAAUAACUGAUGAUAAUGACUUUAAAAACCUAAAUGAUGAGAGUGAAAGAGAGCCAAGUGGUUCUAGCAGGUUUCUGAGCAGUUUGACAAAUUUGCUGCAUUAUGGAAGUAAAAAGUCAGGACUUGAUUUGCUGUACAAAGAAAAUGAACCAGAAAUCCACGACAGCUCCACCAUUGCUGGGAAUGCUGACCACCAUGCCAGUACAACAACACCAGAAACAAAAGAAGAGGACAUUGACUCUGAAGUAUCCAAAUCAAAUUGGUAUGAUUUGCAAUUAAGUGAUAUUUUAAUGUUGGGAUACUCUAAACAAAAUAAAGUCAGAAGAGAGAAGCAUGCAGAUGAAGAAACUGCAGACCAAAAUGAAGAAGCUCGGCCUCUAAGCUCAGAAUCAAUUGACACUUUAAUAGAUGAAGGCUUGAGAAAGCCAACAGUUGUAUCAAUACACCUUGAAGAGCAAAAUAAUGAAAGAUAUGUUCAAGAAGCCUCAAAGGAAGCAGUUGAAUCAAUACUCCAUGAAGAACAUAAAGAAAACUACGUUAUAGAAGAUCCAGACUCAGAGGUUAAAAAAAUAGAUUCUGAGGUUCAGGUAGCCAAUGAACACACAGAUUCCAAGGAUGCAGCAGUUACAUCUUUUUCCACUGAGCCUGCUGACAAACUACUAAAGUGUCACUAUACAGAACAGGAUUCAGUAUCAGAUAACCAAGUUAUGGAACACAUUAGCACGAAAGCUAUAACGAAGGAGUCAGAAAGGAAAAAUGACCAGUCAGAAGCAAAACAUAAUGAAGAAAGUAGAGAAAAAACACAGAAUGGUGAGUUAGUGAAAGGUCAUCCACCCAAUAUUCUGUCUAAAUUAGAACACAAAAUCAACUAUGAUCAACAUAUACAAAUAACUAAGUAUGAAAAAUAUCAGGACCAAAGUUCUGAGAGUUUAGAAAUGCAGGAUUAUUCCAGUACAGAAGAUAAAAAUAUUCCAGAGGCUAAACAGCCCUCUUCUUUAAAAUUAGCAAAUCUAGUUGAUUCACCAGAGCAGCAGCUAUAUGCUACUGGAGGCAUUUAUUCCUGUGAAAAAUCUUGCCCGAUGAAAGAAGAACCAUAUGAUGGUAAAACAGUCGGACCUGAUCAUAUUGAAGAAACUGAGAAAUCACAUUUUGCAAGUGGAGCAUAUGUAGAAAGGGCAUCAAAAGGAAGAAUGACAGAAAGAGUGGAAAAUGAAGAAAGUAAACUAGAAACAUACAAAAAAAUGAUUUUCAAGGAGCUGAAAGAACAUUUAGAUGAUGUUCUACAACUGAAAGACAUCCCAGAUGAAGUUGAAAAACUUCUUGAAUUAUCUGAUGAAGAUGAACUUGUUAAUCGAGGGAUCAUAGAGCAAACCUUAUCAGACAAAUUCCAAAUAACAGAAAGCACAGAGACAGCUAGCCAGGCAGAAUGUAAUGAAAAUUGUUCCAAUGAAGACAUGAAUAAAAAUAUUUUUUAUAAUAAAAAAGCGGAGGAAACAAUAAUUUAUCAAAAUAACCAGAAUUCAGACCAGCUCCUAUCUAUUUCUAGUUUAUCUCAAAAUAUAAACUUAAUCAAGGACUUUAAUUCUGAAGAAAAGUCCAGCAAGUAUGAAGAAUCUCAGCCUAUCCUUUCUUUUACCCAAUACAAACAUCUGCUUUCCUUUCAAAGCUCUGCAGCAAAAAAUAAAAAUUCUUUGCAAAUAAUCCAAGAAAAUAUGAGCUCUAAGGAUGAAAAUAGCUAUCCAAAAAGAAGUGCUGAAUUAAUACUAAGAAACAAAGAAGCAGAAGAAAAAGAACAAUGGCAUCAGAUCAAAGGCAAGGAAGCAGCAGAAAGGGACAUUUCCAACAAAUAUAUGUUGUUACUUUCAUUAACACAAAACAAUGAAGACAAUGAAAAUGUAAUGAAAAAUGCUCAGUUACUAGAAGGUAUAUCACUCGCUUCAUCUGCGGACCAUCAGCCAGAGCAUAUAACAGACUCAUUAUUUAGCAAUGAAAAUCUGAAGGGAAAAAACACUGAGGAUGGCAAACGAGAAUUCCUUACUACACAAAGUAACAAACCAUCUUUAAUAGGAAAAGAACAACACAAAGUACCAGAAUUAAAAUGUUGUGUACAAAAAUCAUCACAGAAGUACAAGACUAUAAAUAAAGUAUCCUAUGCCUACAAACAGUAUAUGAACGGAAAGAAAGAAAUAUGGAAAUGUUUUGUCCCAGAAGUUCUGAAUGGGAAAAAUCUUAGACCUGUAGAAGGAACAGAUGUCAAUCAGAAUGUCCUGGUUUCAAAUUCAUUAUCAUCUUUGCAAUUACAUUCAGGAAAAUAUAUAAAAGACUAUAUACAAGAAGUCAAUGUUGUAGAUUCUUACAAAGAAAAAGAACCUGCUGAUAUGAAAAACAAAGAGAAUGUGUUUCCUGAUCCCAUCAAAAAUGAUUUUCCUACAAAUCCUAGUGAUGUGCAGAAUACAAGUGUAAUAACUAAUGAAGAAGGAGAAUGGCUAUUUCAAAUCAUCCUGCAUUUGAAUGACUUUUGUUACCUUUUAACAUCUGUAUUUUCAACAAUGAUGACAUGGAGUAAAAAGGCUGUUGCAGUAUUAUCUGAAAAUAUGAGACCUGAUCCAGAUCUUUAUGGCUUUCCAUGGGAAUUGGUGAUUUGUGGUGCAAUUGUUGCGAUGUUUACUAUCUUUCUGCUAAUGUGCAGGAGCUAUCAGUCAAUUAAAAGUAGACGCUAUAUAGGAAGAGAGAAACAGCUUGCCAGUAAAGUUGCUGAACUAGUUGAAGACAAAUGUAAAGUGCUGGAAACACUCAGUCUCUGCAAAAAGGAGUAUGAAGCAUUGGAAAACUCCCUGAAAGAUGCCAGCCUUGUGGAAGGAUUAACUAUUACAUCAAAUAUUAAGACAGCAUAUGAGGAACUCAACAGCUCAAACUGUGCACUCAAGAAUGAAAUUGAAUGUUUAGAAAAAGAACUGGAAGAAGAGAAGGCUAAACGAUCAGAACAGGAUGACUUGAUGGCUGAAAUACAAAGAAGAAUGGAAUCUUUAGAAAAUGAAGCAAAAUCUAUCCAGAUGCAAGUUGCUGAAGCCAAAACCACAUUAAAAGUAUAUGAGAUUAACAGAGAAAGAUUGAAGACAUCUGUUCAAAAUGCAAUGGAGGAAAACAGCCACCUUCAUGAAAGUGAAAAACAGUUGUUACAAGAAGCUGAAGGAUGGGGUGAACGAUUUAGUGAAUUAAAUGAACAAACAAAAAUGUUUGAAACUUCUAAAGCAGAUAUGGAGGAAGCUCUUAAAAACAAGGACAGUCAAAUCAAGUCACUGACAGAAUGCUUGCUGAAGAUGAAAGAUUGGAGCUGUGUAAUUGGGGAACAUGAUGCUGCUGAAGGCAACCAUUUGGCUGAAACAGAAAAUGGGGCGCAUUUAGCAGAUGAUCAGGAAAAACUAACUGUAAAGAAGCUGAUUCGUGCUGCUAAGCUAAAUGCCUGCCUAAAAUCUUUGGAGACAGAAAGAAAUCAAAUAUAUUCCAAACUAACUGAUGAAAACAAAGCAAAAGAGGAACUUGAAGAACGCAUUGAAAAUCUGCAAAGGGAACAUGUCAUGUUGCAAUCCGGAAAUACACAUUUUGAAAGUGAAGUUCAAAAGCUUCAGCAAAAGCUUAAGGUCAUGACAGAACUGUAUCAAGAAAAUGAAAUAAACCUUCACAGGAAGUUAACGGUAGAAGAAAAAGAGCGCUUGCAGAAAGAAGAAAAGCUUUCUAAAGUUGAUGAAAAGAUUAGUUAUGCUGCUGAGGAAUUAAACACUUAUCGACAACGGGCAAAAGAUCUGGAAGAAGAACUGGAAAGAACUGUUCGCUCUUAUCAGAGUCAGAUUAUGUCACACGAGAAGAAAGCUCAUGAUAACUGGCUGACAGCCCGAGCAGCUGAAAGACACCUCAAUGAUAUAAGGAAGGAAAAUUCACAUAAUAGACAAAAAUUAACUGAAGCAGAAUUUAAAUAUGACCUUUUGGAAAAAGAUCCCUAUGCUCUAGAUAUUCCAGUUAGAGCAUUUGGCAGAGAGCAUUCCCCAUAUGGACCCUCACCAAUGGGCAGACCUUCAUCUGAAACAAGAGCUUUUCUUUCCCCCCCAACCUUAUUGGAGGGUCCCUUAAGACUUUCACCUGUGCUUCUAGGUGGAGGAGGAAGAGGAUCAAGAGGACCAGGGAAUGCUGGCAUGUAUGAAACUGGUAAUGAAAGAGGAGAGUUGAAUUCUGGUCGGUUGUCUGAUCCCCAUAGACCACCUUCUGACACCGGAUCUUUGUCACCUCCAUGGGAUAGAGAUCGCAGGAUAAUUCCCCCUCCUGCAGGUCAGCAGUAUAAUGAGCAAUCGCUUCCUUUUCGAAGACCAGAAAGAUACUAUUCCAAUCCUCCAAAUUCUGGAAGACUUUCAGGACCAGCGGAACUAAGAAGUUAUAACGUGCAUUCUUUUGAUAAAGCAGAUGGACAAUCUCCUGAAAACAGUUCAAGAAUAGACUUGAGUGGAAAUGGAAUAAAAGAUGAACGUAAUGUGCUCAAUGUGUCAGAUCAAUCUCUUGCACCAGAAAGUGAAACCUUUAUACCUGGGGUUAUGCCUCCACCACUCCCCUUACUGAGAGCUCCUCUACUGCCAGUGGAUCCAAGAGGGCCUUUCAUGAGAAGAGCUUCUCCCUUUCCAUCAGUGCCUCCUAGUGCCGUAUAUGGAUCUCGUGAAUAUUUUCCAAGGGAUUUUGCUGGUCUGCCACAUCCUCCGCUGUCAAUGAGAGGACCCUUUCCAAUGAGGCCUUUUUCCCAAUAUCCACCUCCAAGGGCUGGGUUUUUUCCACCACCACCAUCUGAUAACAGAAAUGAACUGCCUGCGGAAUUAACACAUCAAUCAACGGUACCCUCUACAGAUCACCAAGAAUCCCAACAAGAAACUUGACAUUGUUUUAAAGUAACUAUGCCCCUUUUUUGUCAAUUGAAUUAUUUGCCGUUAAGUAACUAAGUAACAACAGUUACUUAGUUGUUACUCUGUGUUAUUGCUCAAAUUGAAGCCUAAUAGAAUAAUUCUCAGGAGAGUGCUCUGUAAAUAGUUGUUUAACUGUGAAUAAAUUGAUUUUCAUUGUACAGCAGCAAUUUUAAAUUAUUUUUAAUUUGCAUAUCUAGGAGAUGUAUAGUUCUAUGAAAGGACUAUCCAGUUGUUUUUGGCUACAUCUGGUCUCAUGGGAAAUCAUUGCAUGCUAAGAGUACUUGUAACACAAGCAGACGUGAAAAAAUUAAAAUAUUUAAUAACUUGUGAUGUUGAAUGUAUUUAACAGAAUAAAUGUCCUGCCUUCUCCUUCCUGUCA